AUGCUUCCCAUUCCUUUUCGGCAUUCACCAGCCGAGAGGGCACCAGAAUUGCUGCCGGACCUUAUUGUCGGCCUUGUGGAUGGCAGUGACAAAUCGGAAUUUCUGUUACGUCGCUGGUUCAAAUUAGGUUGUGAAGGACUACGAACUUUCAAACAAUCGAGUUCGGAAGAGUCUACUGACAAAGAAGUGACCGAAGAUAUUGAAUCGUCUCCCGCUUCUCAAGCUGCACCACAAGAGCAGCCUGAUCCACUACCACCUCCUGGUCGUCAGACGGAUGCUGCCUUGGCUCGAUUGAAGGAAUACGAAAAGCAGUGGGCUCAAACAGGUGAUCUGUUACGAAACACGACAAACGAGUUUGGAGUACGGUAUGAAGCACUGAGUGUGAAUAUUGUGAACAAAAGUUUCGAACAGCUACGUGAUGAAAUUGUCCAGGUGUUGGAAAAACCAUUUCGCGUAUUGCCGGUCGAAGUAAGUCAAGCCGAACUGGAAGAACAGGAAGAGGAAGAUGCAGCCGCAUUUGAGGAGGAAGUGGAUGAAGACGAAGCAAUGCAAGAGGGUGGCGAGGAGGAGGAAGCGGCCGAAGAACCCGAGGAAGAAGCUAUGGAUGAGGGUGCAGAAGGAGAAGAGGAGGAGGAGGUGGAUCCCAGUCGAAAUAUGGACAAACGAUUGGGUUUGACUAGUUACUUUUGUCCAGUCACAUUGCACGACUGCGGUUUGCUACGCGCUGGCAAUCCUGACACGGGUGCAGUUCACGAGGGACAAGUCUACUAUUUCGUAUCCGAAGAAGCCCGAGCUCAAUUUAUGGAGAAUCCGGAUGCUGUGCUAUCCGAUCCCGAAAACCCAUUGCGUAUUCCUGCUCCCCGAAUAAUCCUAAUUGGUCCGAACGGAAGUGGCAAAACUUUACACGGUCUCCAAAUAGCCUCCACACUGGAUGUGUUCUAUGUGAACUUUGAUUGUAUUCUUCAAGAAAUUAUACUGCCAAAAGUAGGAAGGAAACUGGGGAAAGAAUACGAGGAUCAACAACCGAUCCCAGAUGUGAUACUCCCACCUCUGAUAGAAGGGGAUACACCAUCAACAAUGAAUUGGGAACCGGAAGUAAUGCAACCAGCUGCCGCAGCAACACCCCCUCCAAUCGAGAAAGAGUCUUUGACGGAACAUGAAAACAAUAUAGUCGAAUUUCUUUUGAAUGCAACUCCAAUCCCCGAUAACACAUUGGAAUGGAUUCUGAGCAAAUACUGGACCCAGGAACCGUAUCGUAGCCGAGGUUUUAUAUUGGAAGGAUUCCCAUUGUCUGGGGAACAGUUACAGUUUAUGGUAAAUUUGAAUCUCAUUCCCGAACUGGUGAUUGUGUUCAAUGUGGAAUCGGAAGAAGUGGUUGCCCGUUUGUUGCCUUUACGAUUGGAACACUGGCGAAAACGAGUAGCCAAANAGCCAAAAAAGCGGAAAAUGCAGCCAAAGUCAAGGCUUGGAAAGAACGAAAAAAAGACGGAUCUGAUUACAUGUUAA